AUGAGGGCUAUAAAAAGAGGGCUAGAAGCUACCUGGAAGCAUAUUCGCCUAAAACCAGAUUUUGUUGCAAUGGGGAGCAAAGCAAUGCGGUCUAGGCUGGCUCCUCUUCUUACCACCGUUUUGGUGGUAUUCGUCGCUCUUGGCUUGCCUUCAGAGACUGCAGCUGACUAUUACAAGUAUUCAUCUCCUCCUCCUCACAACUAUUCCUCACCAUCACCUCUACUGUAUUCACCACCACCUCCUGUUUACAAAUCACCUCCACCACCUUACCACUAUUCCUCACCGUCAGCUCCAGAGCAUUCACCUGCACCACCGCCUCCAGUUUACAAGUCACCCCCGCCACCUUACCACUACUCCUCACCACCACCUCCAGUGCAUUCGCCUCCUCCACCACCAUACCACUAUUUAUCACCACCACCUCCAGUGCAUUCUUCUCCACCACCACCAGUUUACAAGUCACCUCCACCUCCAUUUUACAAGUCCCCACCACCACCUUACCAUUAUUCCUCGCCACCACCUCCAGUGCAUUCACCUCCACCGCCACCGGUUUACAAGUCACCUCCACCACCUCCUCCAGUUUAUAAGUCCCCGCCACCACCUUACCAUUAUUCCUCACCACCACCUCCAGUGCAUUCACCCCCACCCCCACCUGUUUACAAGUCACCCCCACCACCUUACCACUACACAUCACUGCCGCCUCCAAUGCAUUCACCACCACCACCACGAUAUACAAUUUACAAGUCCCCGCCUCCACCUUACCAUUAUUCCUCACCACCACCUCCAGUGCAUUCACCCCCAUCCCCACCAGUUUACAAGUCGCCCCCACCACUAUACCACUAUAGUUCACCACCACCUCCAGUGCAUUCACCUCCACCACCAACUAUUUAUCAAUCACCCCCACCACCUCCACCAGUAUACAAGUCCCCACCACCACCUUACCACUAUUCAUCACCACCACCUCUAGUACAUUCACCUACACCACCACCUGUUUAUAAGUCACCUCCACCACCUUACCAUUAUUCCUCACCACCUCCUCUAGCGCACUCACCUCCACCACCACCGGUUUAUAAGUCACCUCCACCACCUCCUCCAGUUUAUAAGUCCCCGCCACCACCUUACCAUUAUUCCUCACCACCACCUCCAAUGCAUUCAUCCCUACCCCCACCUAUUUACAAGUCACCCCCACCACCUUACCACUACACUUCACCGCCGCCUCCAGUGCAUUCACCUCCACCACCAACUGUUUAUAAGUCACCUCCACCACCUCCACCAGUUUACAAGUCCCCACCACCACCUUACCACUAUUCCUCGCCACCGCCUCCAGUACAUUCACCUCCACCACCACCUAUUUACAAGUCACCUCUACCACCUCCUCCAAUUUACAAGUCCCCGCCACCACCUUACCAAUAUUCCUCACCUCCACCUCCAGUGCAUUCACCUCCACCACCACCGAUUUACAAGUCACCUCCUCCAGUUUAUAAGUCCCCACCACCACCUUACCAUUAUUCCUCACCACCACCUCCAGUGCAUUCACCCCCUCCCCCACUAGUUUACAAAUCGCCCCCACCACCUUACCACUACACUUCACCGCCACCUCAAGUGCAUUCACCUCCACCAGUAUACAAGUCCCCACCACCACCUUACCACUAUUCCUCGCCACCACCUCCAGUACAUUCACCUCCACCACCAUCUGUUUAUAAGUCAUCUCCACCACCUUACCAUUAUUACUCACCACCACCUCCAGUGCACUCACCUCCACCACCACCAAUUUAUAAGUCACCUCUACCACCUCCUCCAGUUUACAAGUCCCCGCCACCACCAGUUUACAAGUCCCCGCCACCACCUUACCAUUAUUCCUCACCAUCACCUCCAGUGUAUUCACCACCAAUUUACAAGUCACCUCCACCACCCGCUCCAAUUUAUAAGUCCCCACCACCACCUUACCGCUAUUCCUCACAGCCACCUCCGGUGCAUUCACCUCCACCACCACCACCUGUUUAUAAGUCACCUCUACCACCUUAUCAUUAUUCGACACCACCACCUCCAGUGCUUUCACCUCUACCAUCACCAGUUUACAAAUCAACACCACCAUCUUUCCCAGUGUACAAGUCCCCUCCACCACCACUUUACAAGUCUCCACCGCUAUCUCCCCCGGUAUAUAAGUCAUCCCCACCACCGCCUCCAGUGUACAAGUCUCCGCCACCACCAAUCUACAAGUACAAUUCACCACCACCCCCGUCUCCAGUUUACAAGUCCCUACCACCACCUGUUUACGAGCACGAGUCUCCUCCACCGCCUCCUCCAGUAUAUAAGUCACCACCACUAUCUCCUCCAGUGUACAAGUCUCCACCACUGCCUAUUUACAAAUCUCCGCCUCCUCCGGUUUACACAAUGGGGAGCAAAGCAAAAGCAAUGGGGUCUAGGCUGACUCCUCUUUUUACCACCGUUUUAGUGGUAUUUGUUGCUCUUGGCUUGCCUUCAGAAACUGCAGCUAAUUACGACAAGUAUUCACCUCCUCCUCCUCCUUACCAUUAUUACUCACCACCACCUCUUGUGCAUUCACCUCCACCAUCGCCAGUUUAUAAGUCACCCCCACCACCUUACCAUUAUUCCUCACCACCACCUCCAGUGCAUUCACCUCCACCACCACCGAUUUACAAGUCACCUCCACCACCUCCUCCAGUCUACAAGUCCCCACCACCACCUUACCAUUAUUCCUCACCACCACCUCCAGUGCAUUCACCCCCACCACCACCAGUUUACAAGUCUCCGCCACCACCUCCUCCAGUUUACAAGUCUCCACCACCACCUUACCAUUAUUCCUCACCACCACCUCCAGUGCAUUCACCCCCACCACCACCAGUUUACAAGUCUCCGCCACCACCUUACCAUUAUUCCUCACCACCACCUCCGACGCAUUCACCUCCACCACCACCGGUUUACAAGUCACCUCCACCACCUCCUCCAGUUUACAAGUCCCCGCCACCACCUUACCAUUCACCUCCUCCUCCAGUUUACAAGUCUCCACCACCACCUUACCAUUAUUCCUCACCACCACCUCCAGUGCAUUCACCCCCACCACCACCAGUUUACAAGUCUCCGCCACCACCUUACCAUUAUUCCUCACCACCACCUCCGACGCAUUCACCUCCACCACCACCGGUUUACAAGUCACCUCCACCACCUCCUCCAGUUUACAAGUCCCCGCCACCACCUUACCAUUAUUCCUCACCACCACCUCCAGUGCAUUAUAAGUCCCCUCCACCACCUCAUCAUUAUUCCUCACCACCACCUCCAGUGCAUUCACCCCCACCACCACCAAUUUAUAAGUCUCCCCCACCGCCUCCCCCAGUAUAUAAGUCACCACCACCACCUCCUCCAGUAUACAAAUCACCUCCACCACCUCCUCCAGUUUACAAAUCUCCACCACCACCAAUUUAUAAAUACAAGUCUCCUCCACCACCUCCUCCAGUUUACAAUUCCCCACCACCACCAAUCUACAAGUCUCCACCUCCACCCUACCAUUACUACUACAAUUCUCCUCCUCCUCCUCCUCAUCACUACUAA